CUGAGGGGAGGGCACCGCUUUCCGGAAGGAGCGCGAUGGCGCGCAGCAGCAAGGUGGCCAUAGUGCUGUGCCUGGAUGUAGGCUUUACAAUGAACAGUUCUGCCCCUGGUGAGGAGUCUUCACUUGAACAAGCCAAGAAAGUUAUGACAAAAUUUGUGCAACGACAGGUUUUUGCUGAGAGUAAAGAUGAAGUUGCUGUAGUUUUGUUUGGCACUGAUGGUACUAGGAAUGACCUUGCCAGUAGAGAUCAAUACCAAAACAUUACUGUACAUAGAUCACUAAUGCUGCCAGAUUUUGAUUUGCUGGAAGACAUUCAAGAUGUGAUUAAACCAGGCUCUGAACAAGCAGACUUUCUGGAUGCAAUUAUUGUGUGCAUGGACUUGCUUCAGAAGCAAACAAUAGGAAAGAAAUAUGAGAAGAGACAUAUUGAACUGUUUACAGACCUUUGUAGUCCUGUCAGUGAGGAUCAGCUGGAAAUUAUCAUUGCCAAUUUGAAGAAAACAGGAAUUUCACUUCAGUUUUUUCUGCCAUUUCCAGUAGAUGUUGAUGAUGGAGGUGGAGAUACAAGUGCCAGUGUAUAUUCUCAUAUUCACAGAAACCCUUUUCCAAGAAAGGGUUUAACUGAGCAACAGAAGGAAGGCAUUGAUGUGGUGAGGAAACUGAUGCAUACAUUGGAUGAAGAAGGAGGGCUGGAAGAAAUUUAUACUUUCAGAGAAAGCCUGGAGCAUCUUUCAAUGUUUAAGAAAAUAGAAAGAAGACCUAUGGCUUGGCCCUGCCAGCUCACUAUUGGUUCUAAUUUGUCCAUAAGGAUUGUGGCCUACAAAUCAGUCACAGAAGAGAAGGUGAAAAAAGUUUGGACAAUUGUGGAUGCUAAAACCCUCAGAAAAGAUGAUGUGCGGAGAGAAACUGUUUACUGCUUGAAUGAUGAUGAUGAGACAGAGGUUCAGAAAGAUGAUACUAUUCAAGGGUUUCGCUAUGGGAGUGAUAUAGUUCCUUUCUCCAAGGAGGAUGAAGAGCAAAUGAAAUACAAAACAGAAGCAAAAUGUUUUUCUGUUUUGGGAUUCAGCAGGUCCUCUCAGAUCCAGAGGCAUUGCUACAUGGGCAACCAGGUUUUGAAGGUCUUUGCAGCAAAAGAUGAUGAGAAUGCAGCAGUUGCUUUUUCUGCCCUUGUUCAUGCAUUGGAUGAGUUGAAAGUAGUAGCUGUAGUACGUUAUGCUUAUGAUAGAAGAAGCAACCCACAAAUUGGAGCAGCUUUUCCAUAUAUUAAGGAUGCAUAUGAGUGUCUCAUCUAUGUGCAACUACCCUACAUGGAAGACUUAAGACAGUAUAUAUUUUCAUCCUUGAAAAACAAUAAAAAAUGCAUUCCUACAGCGGAUCAGUUAUCUGCCGUUGACUCUUUGAUUGAUUCUAUGAAUUUGGUUUAUGAAGCUGAUGAUGGAGAAACUUUUGAGGACCUGUUUAAGCCCAGCAAAAUCCCAAACCCUCAUUUUCAGAGGCUGUAUCAGUGUUUGCAGCAUAAGGCUUUUCACCCCAAUGAGCCAUUGCCACCAAUUGAAGAGCACCUUUUAGAGAUGUUGGAGAUGCCCAGUGUGGUAAAAGAAAGGUGUCAGGGUCCUCUUGAAAAAAUAAAAGCACUUUUCCCCCUAAAAGAGGUUGUCAAGAAAAAAGACAAGAAGACUGCUCAAGACAUCUUCAAAGACAACAGUGAAGAUGGACCCAACGCUAAGAAACCAAGAAUUGAAGAUGAGGAAGGUAGCUUUAGCAUCAUGAAACUUGCUGAAGGAAAUGUCACCUCUGUUGGCAGCGUUAAUCCAGCAGAAGAUUUCCGAAUUCUGCUGAGGCAGAAAAGUUCUGACUUCAAAGAUGUGAGUCAGCAGUUGAUAAACCGCAUUGAUCAGUUCCUGGAAAAUAAAGGUUCUCAGUACUACAUGAAAGGGAUCAAUUGUAUCAGAGUUUUCAGAGAGGAGGCUGUGAAGCUGUCCAAGGUGCAGUGCUUUAAUGAUUUUCUGCAGGCCUUGAAAUCAAAGGUUGAAGACAAAGCCUUAGCUGAUUUCUGGGAGAUCAUGAUGCAAGACAGAAUUUCUUUGAUCACUAAAGAUGAAGCAAUGGAAAGUUCAGUGACUAGUGAAGAGGCUGAAAAGUUCCUGGCUCCAAAAGAAAAGAAAAACGAAAUUCUGCCUCCCACAGAUGAAGGUGGUGAUGUUGAUGAUUUGCUGGACAUGAUGUGAGUGGGCGAUAUAUGGUGCCUAUACAAGCAAAGUUUUGGAAGAGAUCUCCCUGUGAGACACACUAAUGAGAAGGCACUUUAUCCAUCUUUAUUUUCUCAAAUGAGAGCAGAAGUUCCAGAUAAAUUUCCAGUUGGUAAAAAUGUCAUCUGACUUUUCAAAUCUAGAACAGAAGAUAGAAAAACAGAAGAUUGAAAUAGUCUAAAGUAUUUGUGAAGUAAUGAUACCUUUAAGGCAUCUCUUUUUUUUCUUUUUUAUUUUCUGUUCAUUAUUUUAGUUAAACACUGAGUUUAGCUUAUCCUUUGUAUUACUUUCAGCUAAACACUGCUCAAUCUAAUGACAGUCUGCACUGGUGACUGAAAUUCUUGUUACAUUGCCUGGGCAGGAAGACAAAAAUAUCAGUGAUGUUACCAGGUAAUGCUGAAUCUGUAGUGGAGGUAACUCCAUAGCAUUAUUGUUACAGAAGGGAAAAAGUCUCUAUUUUCAUGCUUUUUUCCUAUUAAUGAAACAGAACAAAAAUAUGCACAAAGGCUUAUGGGAAAAAAUUCUAGGCCUGGGGUCACAAAGUAAUAGCUAGAAUAUGCAACAGAAUUCAAAGCACAGUAAUUACAGUCAUCUCUUUAUACAGUUUCUCCAUCCUCUCAGCUCAGCUAAACAAUCUCUGUCCCUUUAUGUAUACAUUGUCCUGUUGCAUAUGCUGGGAUUUGUUUUUUGUUGCUGUAUACUGACACCUGUAAUAGAUAACUGCUAAUACGUACACCAGUAACCAAAAUGGAGUGCUGUCUACACAGAGCAAUCCAAAGUAGCCAAAUACUCAAAUCUGAAUACAGAUCUGGAGAUACACUACUGACACCUUCUCAGAUGCUUCUUUGUUACAAUCAGAUUCAUUCAUUUAAAAUGUUCAUUCAUUAUUGCAAAUGUAUAAACAUACUGUGCAAAAUUAUAUUAAGAUCAUAAAACAGAAAAAAAAAAAAGUUAAAAAAUAUUCUGGAAUAUCUGCACUUUAUACUGAACAGCAGCUCCUGUGUGUGGGAAAGAGCAAUUGUUUUUACGCCCUGUCUCCCUAGAUUGUGACCUGCCCUCUUCUCUCUUCCAUCAUAGAAUCGCAGAAUGGUUUUGGUUAGAAAGGACCUUAAGAUCUUCUAUCUGCGACCACCUCACAGUAGAUCAUGUCUUGACUGAGUUCAUGCUGGCUUUGAAAGGGUUUCUCAAGUACAUGUAUCAGGGAAUAAGUGAUCUUUCCAGGUCUUUAGAGGAUUUGUGCCACUGGAAGAUACUUUUUCUUUACUGUAAAUAAGAGAUAUUUGGCCAGUCCAUUGUUUUGAAUGUCUUUCAAGGCCAAUUUAUAGGGUAUAACACUGGCUGAGGUGGUUUGGUUUGGUUUGGGGUUUUUUUUAAUUAAUAAAACAUUUAAAAAUUUGCUGUUGUCUUCUUCAAACCAUGCUUGUUAAAAUCAGGUUAUUAGCUAUCUAUGCAGUACCUAAGAGAAUCUAUCAAAAGCCCCUUUUCUGGGCAUACAAUGCAAACACUGAAUAGCAAAAUCCCUCUAUAGAAGCUGAGUGUGAUUACUUGUUCUAUUAUUACUUCUGUUCUUUUAAAACUCUAAACUGUACAACACCAAAAUAAAAUAA